CAUCUCUACAGAGCUGCUGCCUAUGCUGUCUGACAAAAUCACAAUUUUAGUAGUUGUUCAAAGUAAAUAAUUCAUACUUUUAUGACUGCUGAAUACCAACAAUCAAUCACUUAGAUCAUGUACUUUCAGGUAGAGAUACCUCACGAAGCAACUUCUCUAUAUCCCUCUCAAUCGCACAUACUUCUGUCUCUUCUCUCAGUGUCUGCCCCACACUAACCUAAAGCAGCAAGUGUAAAAGAAACACACAGACAGGACAAGUAGGCGCGCAAUGGAUUAUGGUCAUUGUAGUUAAUUACCACUUUUUCUGCACUAAACUAUGUAGAAUAUUGGCCUGUUGGAAACUACGACUCCCUACUAAAUUGCACAGUUCGGGCUUGAUCUGAUUUAUCUCUAGAGAAACUGCGCAAGUACUCAUUGAGCUCAAAGGAAAAACAGAACUAACAUAAUGGAAUUCAAAUAUUUGAACCGAUGUCGGUCAAUUAGUAGUUUAAAACCCCCAAAAUAACUGACAUUUCGGGUAAUCGCUCAGCACGACACCCUGAUAAAGGCUCUUUGUCCAAAUAAAAUUGGUCAAAUAAAUCCACAUCAUGGAGAGAUGAGUGUGUAACUUUCUUUUUCAUUUGUAUAGACACGUUAAGGGACCACUUAGAAUUGGUUGACAACUGAUAGAUGUUUGUUUUAGGAUUCUUUCCAGUUUCCAGUGUUGCUUUUAAAAAGGCUUACUCUCUAUGUUGUAGAUGUCCUCUAGCUUUAAUCAACUGUGUGUAAUACAAGCCUAAAGCUCUCAAACAGCCAAUGGAAAACCCAGAUCCUGUAUUGAUUAGUAUAGACCAAACACAAUCACAACAAGUGGGAGUUACACAGCCCUACUGUGGUUAGUGGACAGCCAACACCCAAUGGAAGUUAGUGGCCAGCGGCAGACAGUUAGCCUAACACUUGUUAAAGACUCUGAUAUGAUUCCGAGAAGGUGCCUGAGGAAGUCCUGCAGCAUGGAGGGAUGAUGGAUGAGGUAGAAUGGAUGGAGGGAAGGAGGGAGGGAGGGAGGGAGGGAGAAUGGAGGGAGGGAGGGAGGGAGGGAGGGAGGGAGGGAGGGAGGGAGGGAGGGAGGGAGGGAGGGAGAAUGGAUGGAUGGAUGGAUGGAUGGAUGGAUGGAGAGAGGGAGGGAUGAGGGAGAAUGGAUGGAUGGAGGGAGGGAGGGAUGGAUGGAUGGAUGAGGGAGAAUGGAUGGAUGUAGGGAGGGAGGGAGAGAGAGAGAAUGGAUGGAGGGAGGGAGGGAGGAUGGAUGAGGGAGAAUGGAUGGAGGGAGGGAGGGAUGGAUGGAUGGAUGGAGAGAGGGAGGGAUGAGGGAGAAUGGAUGGAUGGAGGGAGGGAGGGAUGGAUGGAUGAGGGAGAAUGGAUGGAUGUAGGGAGGGAGGGAGGGAGGGAGGGAGAGAGAAUGGAUGGAGGGAGGGAGGGGAGGAUGGAUGAGGGAGAAUGGAUGGAGGGAGGGAGGGAUGGAUGGAUGGAUGAGGGAGAAUGGAUGGAUGUAGGGAGGGAGGGAGGGAGGGAGGGAGGGAGGGAGGGAGGGAGGGAGGGAGGGAGGGAGGGAGGGAGGAUGGAGGGAGGGAUGGAUGGGGUUGGAUAGGUUGAUUGGUCACUGAGGGCCUGAUGCCACGCUGGGGCCCCGACACAAGGUUCUCCAGGACCAAGAACUCCAAGGUUUUCAGACACAUGAUGAGAGAUUGAUGAAACCCUGAUAGUGCUGAGCGAUUAGUGCUUUUUGAGGUCGGUUCGGUUUCAAUCAUUUUUUUAAACAUUAAAUGGACUGUGCAUUAUAUGGGUUGAAUGCUGUAAUGACAUAGAAUAAAACAAUUAAUAAAAGUCCCAUGAUGGUAAUGGCUGCCAAUUACGGCUUAUCACUUAUUAACCAUCAUUUAUUCACAUUACUUUAAUAAAAUAUUUAAGUUGAUUUAUUCAAUGACUUUAAUAUUUCUUUCCAAGUCAUCAUCUCAUCUCGACAGAGCUGCUGCCGAUGCUGUCUGACAAAAUCACUAUUUUAGUAGAAUAUUGGCCUGUUGGAAACUACAACUCCCUACUAAAUUGCACAGUUCGGGCUUGAUCUGAUUUAUCUCUAGAGAAACUGCGCAAGUACUCAUUGAGCUCAAAGGAAAAACAGAACUAACAUAAUGGAAUUCAAAUAUUUGAACCGAUGUCGGUCAAUUAGUAGUUUAAAACCCCCAAAAGAAAUGACAUUUCGGGUAAUCGCUCAGCACGACACCCUGAUAAAGGCUCUUUGGUCAAAUAAAAUUGGUCAAAUAAAUCCACAUCAUGGAGAGAUGAGUGUGUAACUUUCUUUUUCAUUUGUAUAGACACGUUAAGGGACCACUUAGAAUUGCAGCAUCAUCAAGGACCACACACACCACAGCCACAAGCUGUUCACUCCCUUACCGUCGGGCAGAUGGUAUCAGAGCAUGAGGUCUGAUACCAACAGGCUCAGAGACAGUUUCUAUCUACAAGCCAUCAGACUGCUGAACACUUGAACUGGACUGACCACCUGCACAGACUCUCUGCACCUUGGCACACAUGCACUCACUCACGUACACACCCACACAGAUAUACACUCAUAUACACACACACACACACACACACACAAACACACAGUGCAUUCGGAAAGUAUUCAGACCCCUUGUCUUUUUCCAAAUUUUGUUACGUUACAGCCUUAUUCUAAAAUUGAUUUUAAAAAACAUUACCCCAUAAUGAUAAAGAGAAAACAGGUUUUUAGACAUUUUUGCAAAAAAGAAAAGAAAGAAAAACAUAAAUACCUUAUUUACAUAAGUAUUCAGACCAUUUGUUAUGAGACUCGAAAUUUAGCUCAGGUGCAUCCUGUUUCCAAUUAUCAUCUUUGAGAUGUUUCUACAACUUGAAUGGAGUCCACCUGGGGUAAAAUCAAUUGAUUGGACAUGAUUUGGAAAUGAACACACCUGUCUAUAUAAGGUCACACAGUUGACAGUGCAUGUCAGAGCAAAAACCAAGCCAUGAGGUCGAAGGAAUUGUUCGUAGAGCUCAGAGACAGGAUUGUGUCGAGGCACAGAUUUGAGGAAGGGUACCAAAAUAUUUCUGCAGCAUUGAAGGACCCCAAAAACACAGUGGCCUUAAAUGGAAGAAGUUUGGAACCACCAAUACUCUUCCUAUUUCAGUUUUUUAUUUUUAAUACAUUUGCAACAAUUUCUAGAAACCUUUUGCUUUGUCAUUAUGAGGUAUUGUGUGAAAAAUAUAUAUUUUUCAUCCAUUUUAGAAUAAAGCUGUAAGGUAACAGAAUGUGAAAAAAGUCAAGGGGUCUGAAUACUUUCCGAAUGCACUGUAUACAUUCAUGCUACACACACAUCCCAACUGAUGCUACCAGACUCGUAUUAUUAUUGCUAAAUACUGCACAGUUUAAACACUUGUCCCCCAUCCCCUCCUUCACCAAUACAUAUGUAAAUAUUGUACUAUAAAUUGUACCUUCCUGUGUUAUAGUUAUGCUAAAAUGUUUAUUCUACUGAGCCAUUUACUUUAUGUUCAUAUUCUUAUCUUUUAUUAUUUCUUAUUGUUGUUGCAUUGUUGAGAAUAACCUGCAAGUAAGUAUUUCAUUGGAUAAUGUAUACAUACUAUACUUUUACAUUUUAGUCAUUUAGCAGACACUUGUAUCCAGAGCGACUUACAGGACCAAUUAUGGUUAAGUGCUCAAGGGCACAUCGACAGAUUUUUCACCUAGUCUGCUCUAAGAUUCGGUUACUGGCCCAACGCUCUUAACCGCUAGGCUACCUGCCGCCCCUAUACCAUGUGUAUCCUGUACAUACGACUAAUAAAACUUUAAACUUGAAUUUCACGACAACAAUGAUCUUUCCUCAUGCCCUACACUUCCCCUAUAUUUUGCUCUCCUCACCCCUCCUCUCCUCUUCUCAUCUCCUUCUCAUUACCUCCCUUCCCCUCUCUCGCCUCACCCCUCCCUUCCCCUCCCCUCUCCUCUUAUCUUCUCCUCUCUCUCGCUCUUCUUCUCUGAGGGCUAUUGCCCAGGGGGGGAGGAGGGUAUAAUUUGAAUCCUCACAGCAUUAAUUAAAACAUCAGUCUGACUACCAGGGAUUAAGUGUGCAGAAGUCUGAGUCUGGCUCUGUGUGUUUUUCAUGGUCUUGGUUCCACUGCGGAUUUCACUGGCUGCAUAUCUAAAACCAAAUCUCUCUUCUCUCUCUCAUAUCUCUCUCUCUCUCUCUCUCUCUCUCUCUCUCUCUCCUCUCUCUCUCUCUCUCUCUCUCGCUACUCUCUCUCUCUCUCUCUCUCUCUCUCUCUCUCUCUCUCUCUCAUUCGAGUCUGUCUCCUAUCUCUCUCUCUCUACCCCUCCCUCGUGCUCUCUCUCUUUAUCGCUCUUUCUCUCUCGUUCUCUCCAUCUCGAUCUCUCUUUUCCCAGGGAAUUGAUGAAACUUCCAGACAAGACAAGUGAGUUCUCCUGUUUUGGAUUACUCUGUGUGUAUAGUGUAGUCAUUAGCCCAGUAGGUAUUAUUGAGUUGCUGACUGUGUGUGUCUGUCUGUCUGUAGCCGUUGUUCCCAGGAGGCCCUAAACCCUGAGGAUGAGGUGGAUGAGUUUCUGGGCCGAGCCAUCGACGCCCGCAGCAUAGACCAACUCCGUAAAGACCACGUCAAGAAGUUUCUUCUCACCUUCCAGACUAAAGACCUGGAGAAGAAGGUGGGAGGAGAUAGGGUGUUGAUUUAUUGGCUGUGUCUGAAAACAUUACUAGGUGUUAAAUCCUUGUUUUCUCAGUCCUUGUUUCCUCAAUUCCUCACCUCCCUCAAAUCUCAUUGGAGGAGGAGGCUCCAAUCCGAACCUCCUCAAAUGAGCUUUGAGAGGGAGGCAAAGAAUUGAGUAAACGAGAAUGGGGGAAGUAAGGAUUUGACAGCUAGAUGUUUCUGGGAUAUUAUGCACAGUGUUGUGUGUUGUGUUGAGUUUGCUUUUCUUCUCCUCAUUGUGUUUUCAGUUCUCCAAGAAGGUGGAUGAUCGUUUCGGAGGCUACGUGGCCUGUGCUCUGUUAGUCUUCUGCUUCAUCUGUUUAAUUCAGAUUAUCAUAUUCCCACAGUAAGUACUUCUCUUAAACCGUCACCUUUCUGUAACUGUGUGGAACUAAACGAGGCUGCUAGUGGGUCAGGUUGAACCGACACUGUGUAUCCAGCUCCAAGGACCAAAUAAGGGACAGCCUUUUUAACCUAUCAAAUAAAAUGUACUGAAUAGUGACCUAUGAGGAUUGAUUGCGGUGCAGUGACUUAAGUCGGUUCCUCUCCACAGCACACCUCUCAUGCUGGGUUUCUACAUCACCAUCUUCAUCAUCCUCGUCAGCAUCCUCUUCAUCUGUGCCAUUUACUCCUGCGUCAAGGUAAGGGACAGACUCCUCCGUCAUUUUGAAAUCAUACAAGCUCCUUUUAUAGAGAUGUAUCCAAAAGUUUACAUUUGUUUUGAUUAUACAUUUUCAUUUAAAACAAGCACUAAAACGAAUAAUAUCCUCUAUCCUCUCUCCUCCUCCCAGCUCUUCCCAGUUGCCUUGCAGACAGUGACUAAGAAGAUAGUCCAGUCUCGUACCAACAGUACCCUGGUGGGGGUCCUCACCAUCCUACUCCUCUUCAUGUCUGCCUUCGUUAACAUGGUAGGGAUGACAAUUCUCCAAAUAGUGCCUGCAAUUGCAGUACGAAAAUGUAUGCACUCACUACUGUAAGUCACUCUGGAUAAGAGCGUCUGCUAACUGACUAACACGUGUAUGUGAAUGUAGCAGUUCAGUUUUCCAUCUGUUCAGUGGGCUUCUCUGUUGGUUGACGUAUGAUUUAGGACUGUGUGUCUCUCUCUAGUUGACCUGUGACAGAGAGGGACUGGUGGACUGUGUGGGGCGCGAGAGGAACCUGUCCUCCAGCCUGGUGACUCUGUGUCUACUACACAACCUGACCCAGUCAGCACAGGACGGACUGACCCUGUGCCCCAGCCAGCCCACACCAUGCCACUUCCCUGAGGUGAGACCAGCUGGGACGCUACUGUGUGUGUGUGGGGGGGGGGGGGGGGGGGGGGGGGGGAUACUGUCUGUGUUUAAUAACAUUGUUAUAACUUGCUACGCUCCCUCCCCCCCCCAGUAUUUCUGCUACAGUGUUCUCCUGACCCUGCUGGCCUGCAGUGUGUUCCUCCACAUCAGCAGUAUAGGGAAGCUGGCCCUCAUGGUGCUGAUCCUGGUCACCUUCCUGCUGCUGGUGGAGUGGCCCCAGGUGGCCCUGUUUGACAACGCAGACCUGCUGCUCACCGCCAACACCCUGUGAGUUAACACACACACCACACCACACACACACACGCUGUGUAUUUGUUCAAGUAGUACUUGUUUUCGUUCAAAUACUUAAGCUGUGCAAAGCACAAAGGUCUUGUCAAGUGUUGAAAGUAUUUAAUACAUUUGUGUUUAAUUUUUUCCCUUGGAUUCCUAGGUUCAAUGAAACAGCUACAAAGACAUGGUAAGUUCUUUGCUGUCUUAUAGUGUUAAUGUUCUGUUACCAUGUCCAUGUUAGUGUGUGUCUGGUCCUAGACUGAGUCCAUCCUCCUCCUGUCUCCUCUCAGAUCAAUGUUCUGUUACCAUGUCCAUGUUAGUGUGUCUGGUCCUAGACUGAGUCCAUCCUCCUCCUGUCUCCUCUCAGCUCAAUGUUCUGUUACCAUGUCCAUGUUAGUGUGUGUCUGGUCCUAGACUGAGUCCAUCCUCCUCCUGUCUCCUCUCAGAUCAAUGUUCUGUUACCAUGUCCAUGUUAGUGUGUCUGGUCCUAGACUGAGUCCAUCCUCCUCCUGUCUCCUCUCAGCCAGGAGUGUGAUUGAUUGAUUGAUUUAUUGUUUGAUUUGUUGAGUGAUUGGUUGGUUGAUUGAUUGUGGUCCUGUCUCCCCCCUCCAGCCAGGAGAGUGUGACCAAGGUGUCCCUAAAGGUCAUGACCCCUGUCAUCCUUACGGUGUUCGUCCUGGCUCUGUACCUGCAUGCUCAGCAGGUGGAGUCCAUCGCACGCCUCGACUUCCUGUGGAAGCUGCAGGUAGGAUCGGCCACACACACACUUGUCCAGCAGGUGGAGUCCACCGCACGCCUCGUCUGUUGGAUCUGGUGACAUCACUAAGAUAUCUCCGUCAGCAGAGCUCAGCCUUUCUCAAUUUAUCAAACAGUUGCGGCAGAGUGACGUUACUGGUCGAACAUCAGUGGAAUACCAAUCAGCGUUCGGAGUUCCUCUCAAUACCUAUAGAUAGACAGACAGCGAUGUGGUUGACCUAUGAAUCAUUCUGUCACGUUCUCAUCCCUUUUAACAAACCGUUUCCCCUCUCCCCAUUCCCCUGUGUCUGUCCCCUCCAGGCCACAGAGGAGAAAGAGGAGAUGGAGGAGCUUCGGGGCUACAACCGCCGCCUCCUCCACAACAUCCUGCCUAAAGACGUGGCCGCCCACUUCCUGACGCGGGAGCGGCGCAACGACGAACUCUACUACCAGUCCUGUGAGUGUGUGGCCGUCAUGUUCGCCUCCAUCUCCAACUUCUCUGAGUUCUAUGUGGAGCUGGAGGCCAACAACGAGGGAGUGGAGUGUCUUCGGCUGCUCAACGAGAUCAUCGCUGACUUUGACGAGGUUUGUUUGUCUGUUUGUACUUAUUUUAAUCUUCCAAGAGUCCAUGAGGGAGGAGGGAGGGGAGGAUCCAGAUUCAAAUGAAGAUCCUACAUCUGUUCCUCCCUCUCCCCCCAGAUCAUCAGUGAGGACAAGUUCCGCCAGCUGGAAAAGAUAAAGACCAUCGGUAGCACUUACAUGGCAGCCUCUGGCCUCAACGACUCUACCUACGACCGUGAGGGACGAUCGCACAUCCUGGCUCUGGCAGACUACGCUAUGAGACUCAAAGAACAGAUGAAGUACAUCAACGAACACUCCUUCAAUAACUUCCAGAUGAAGAUAGGUGAGUCCCUGGACCGAUAGCAGAGAUAGGGUUGGAUGGUAGUAGUAGUGGUAUUAGUAGGAGUAGCCAUGAGACAGAGAACAGAUUAAGUACAUUAACGAACACUCCUUCAAUAACUUCCACAUUUGUGGCGAAGUGUCCCUUUGUAAAGACUACACACUGAGAAUCUGGAUCAAUCCUGGUCUUGGAGGGCGACAGUAGUCAAUCAUUAGUUGAGGUGUGUUAGUGAUAGGCUGGAACAAAAGCCUGCGGCUGUUGCAGCGCUCUAGGACAACAUUGGGAAGCCCUAGCCCUUGAUCAUGACUCUCAGUUCCAUUACAUUACACAUAAGAGUCAUUGGACGAAGGUGUCUUCUGUACGGGGGGAGUUUUGUUAAGAACAUUAACGCUCGGUUUGAACAUUAACAUGCAUUUCUUGCAGUACGGUUUUGGAAGCAUAAAGACCUUAUCUUUCAUAUCAGCAAGAUUUUAUUUAUUUUUUUCAAAAGGUUAAAUUGAUACACUCCAUAUUUCCAUGUUACAGCGCUUGUUUACAGAAAACAGACAGGAGACAGAGUGGACUACCUGUGCUAAUUAGCUAUCUGCGUCUCCCAACCCCUGGGUGUAAACGAAAGACAGACGCCACAAAAGUGUUGUCACUGAGAAAUACUGUCGGCUGUAGCUGUGUUAAAACAGUGGACAGUAAGUGUGUAUUUUGCAUUUGUGAAAUUAUUUUGAUGUGAUAUGAAAGUAGAGGGCUUUGUGUUUCUAAAACCGUACUGCAAUUAAGAAUCGAUUCAUGUUUAGAUGGAGUAUUUGGCUGUUUUGGCUUCCAGAGCCAAUUGGCCUCUAAACAGAACAUGUAAGGUCCUUGGACUAUAAGAAGUAACGUGAGGCUCCAUUAUUGGGCUAGGGAAGCCCCUGGAUUAGUUAAGAGGUAGGUAGAGUGAAGUGGUGUGAUGCAGGCAGGUUGACUGUGGUCUCCUCAUGCAGGUCUCAACAUGGGUCCGGUGGUGGCUGGGGUGAUCGGGGCCAGGAAACCCCAGUAUGAUAUCUGGGGGAACACUGUCAACGUGGCCAGUCGUAUGGACAGCACCGGAGUGCCAGACUGCAUACAGGUACACACACCUACUUUGCCUAAUUUAAGACGUUCUGUACACACCUUUGAUAUAUACGGUACACUGUAUGUUAGAUAUGUCAUUGUGAGUCCUACAGCUUUCACUUUUAAUACUUAUUUAAACACUAUAUUAAUUGAAUGGAUGAUAAACAGAUGAUGAGCUUAAACCCCUCUUUCCUCCAUGACCAGUGCUGCCACCUGCUGUAUAUAAAACCCUACUGCAGCUCAUGAGAAGGGCUUACCAAGAAAAACUUUCCAAAAGGACUAAUUUGAGGCAGAAAGGAGUUGAGCACUCAACAAAAGAGGCAGAGAUUGAUUUAUUUUAGCUCACUUUAAUCCAUUGUUCAGGAUGAGUACAGGUGACUGGCGUUUUGACGUCAAGCUUGACGUCUUCCUCAAGAGUAUUUUGCAAACAUGAGUUAUUACAAGGAAGGAACAAUAGCUGUAACUAGAUACCAAGUGUUCCACUUCAACUAGCUCUACACUUGCCAUCAUAUACUCUUCCUUCCACCAUGUAGUGCCUUGAUCAUUAUAGAAUAGAACAGAACACAAUAGAAUAGAACAGAACACAAUAGAAUAGCUGCUGUGUAGCUGUGGCUGACAUUGUCUGUGUGUGUGGAGGCAGGGUGGAGUGUCUCUGUGUCAAAUGACACACACACACAUACAUACACACACUUAAGUGUCCUUGUGUUGUCUUCUCCCAGGUGACCACAGACCUGUACCACGUCCUGGUAGACAAAGGCUACCAUCUGGACCACAGAGGCCUGGUCAAGGUGAAGGGGAAGGGAGAGAUGACCACAUACUUCCUGACCAGCGGUCCCAAUGGUCCCUAG